ACAGUUUACCUCCGACAUAGUCUUUCUUGGCUCUAUAGAGGAUGGUGUUUUUCAGAUGCUCCACAGCUACCCUUAUGAGGCUGUCCCUAAUCCUAAUCUGUGGGGCACUGCUGAUGAAGGUCUGCUCAGGAAAGUCUGACACUCCACGUGGUGUUUCUGUUCCCUUCAUUUUUGACCCUAAAGCUACCUGUGACCCACAAUGCAGGCAUGCAGGCAUCUGUAUUCGGAACAACACAUGCUUCUGCUCCAAAGGAUAUGAAGGAGGUGUCUGUCAAUAUGCAAGUUGUCAUCCAAAGUGUAAAAAUGGGGGAGAAUGUAUUCGUCCAGGAAAAUGUCGAUGUCCUCAAGGCUUUGGAGGAAAAUACUGUCACAAGGUGUUGUGUGAGGGGGGCUGCUGGAAUGGUGGUGAGUGCAUUGCAGUGAAUGGCAUUACAAAAUGUCAGUGCCCCUCAAGCUGGACUGGAACCAGAUGCCAUGAAGCAAUCUGUCCACAAGGGUGCAGGAAUGGCGGCAGCUGUGUAGCUCCAGGAAUCUGCAGCUGUCCAGUGGGCUGGGUUGGGGGUGCUUGUCACAUGGCUGUAUGCAGAGAACCAUGUCUGAAUGGAGGGAAGUGUAUUUCUCCAGACACAUGUCGCUGCCGUGCUCCAUAUUCUGGGCUACAGUGUACAGAGAAGAAGAAGUUGUUUUAA